UCCAGCCCCUCGCUCAGCGCCCUGCAGCCAGUCCCCAGGCGCACGGUCCUCCAUCCCGGUCGCCCAGCUUCCGGGACCCUUCUGCAGUCAUGGGCAGGGUUUCCUUCAGCGUUCCAGUCCGGUCAGUCCGGAGACCCAACUCUCCUUGGCAGGGGCGAUGCUACGUCUCCUGCAGAGUCCCCCUUCCACCCGGCGCCCUCCACGCAUCAGGUGGACUCAGCUGCGCGCGGGAUGGGGAGGCUGCAGAAGGAGCCGUCGGAAGCAGCCCUUCGGGGGUCCACGGCUUCCUCUCGGCGCCAGCGUCGCGGGCGCCCGGCAUCUGGAAGGACUGCGCCGCAGCCUUGUCUGCCCCAGAUACCUUGGUAGCUGGUGAACAUAACAUGGGUGAUGGCUGCUCUCAGAAGCUGACCACUGCUAAUGUUCUCCGUUUCCUAUUGCUGGUCCUGAUUCCAUGUAUCUGUGCUCUCAUUGUCCUGCUGGUGAUCCUGCUCUCCUUUGUUGGAACGUUAAAAAAAGCCUAUUUUAAAUCAAAUGGGAGUGAACCCAUGGUCACUGAUGGUGAAGUCCAAGUGCCUGAUGUUAUUCUUAUCAAUACAAUUUAUAACGAGAGCACCAUGACAUCUACUACACAUCCCAACCAACACAUUCCAGCUUGGACCACGAAUGCUUCUCUCCUAGGGGACCAACAUCACAGGAACACAAGUGCCUGUGUGAACAUCACCCACAGCCAGUGUCAGAUGCUGCCCUACCACACCACGCUAAUACCUCUCUCCUCAAUUGUCAAAAACACGGAAAUGGAGAAGCUCCUCAAAUUCUUCACGUACCUCCAUCGCCUCAGUUGCUAUCAACAUAUCAUGCUUUUUGGCUGUAGCCUGGUCUUCCCUGAGUGCAUCGAUGAUGGUGAUGACAGUUAUGGACUCCUGCCGUGUAAGUCCUUCUGCGAGGCUGCAAAAGAGGGCUGUGAAUCAGUCUUGGGGAUGGUGAAUGCCUCCUGGCCCAAUUUCCUCAAAUGCUCCCAGUUUAGAAACCAAACUGAAAGCAGCAACAUCAGCAGGAUUUGUUUCUCACCAGAGAAGAAAAAAGGAAAGCAAUUGCUCUGUGGAGGAGGCGAGAGCUUUCUGUGUGGCAGUGGAAUCUGCAUCCCAAGGAAACUGCAGUGUAAUGGCUACAACGACUGUGACGACUGGAGUGAUGAGGCUCAUUGCAAUUGCAGUGAGAAUCUGUUUCACUGUCACACGGGCAAGUGUCUUAAUUAUAGCCUCGUGUGUGAUGGAUAUGAUGACUGUGGGGACCUGAGCGAUGAGCAAAACUGUGAUUGCAAUCCCACAAAGGAACAUCGCUGUGGAGACGGGCGCUGCAUCGCGAUAGAGUGGGUGUGUGAUGGUGACCAUGACUGCGUGGAUAAGUCUGACGAGGUCAACUGCUCCUGUCACAGCCAGGGUCUGGUGGAAUGCAGAAAUGGACAGUGCAUCCCCAGCACUUUCCAGUGUGAUGGAGAAGAGGACUGUAAGGAUGGGAGUGACGAGGCGAACUGCAGUGAGGGUCGGACUCCAUGUCGAGAAGGCGACCAAAGAUGCCUCUAUAAUUCCUGCCUUGAUUCAUGUGGUGGUAGCUCUCUUUGCGACCCCAGGAACAGUCUGAAUAACUGUAGUCAAUGUGAACCAAUUACAUUGGAACUCUGCAUGAAUUUGCCCUACAACCAUACAAAUUAUCCGAAUUACCUUGGCCACAGGACUCAAAAGGAAGCAUCCAUCAGCUGGGAGUCCUCUCUUUUCCCUGCACUUGUUCAAACCAACUGUUACAAAUACCUUAUGUUUUUUGCUUGCACCAUCUUGGUACCCAAGUGUGACGUGAAUACAAGCCAACGUAUCCCCCCUUGCAGAGCACUGUGUGAGCAUUCCAAGGAACACUGUGAGUCUGUUCUUGGGAUCGUGGGCCUACAGUGGCCUGAAGACACAUAUUGCAAUCAGUUUCCAGAGGAAAAUUCAGACAAUCAAACCUGCCUAAUGCCUGAUGAAGAUGUGGAAGAAUGUUCACCAAGUCACUUCAAGUGUGGCUCAGGACGGUGUGUUCUGGCUUCCAGAAGAUGUGAUGGCCAGCCUGACUGUGAUGAUGACAGUGAUGAAGAAAACUGUGGCUGUAAAGAGAGGGAUCUUUGGGAAUGUCCAGCCAAUAAACAGUGUUUGAAGCACACGUUCAUCUGUGAUGGAUUUCCAGACUGCCCUGAUAACAUGGAUGAAAAAAAUUGCUCAUUUUGCCAAGAUGAUGAACUGGAAUGUGAAAACCACGAGUGUGUUUCACGGGACCGGUGGUGUGAUGGCCAAGCUGACUGCUUAGACAGUUCAGAUGAAUGGGACUGUGUGACCCUCUCUAAAAACGCGAACUCCUCUUCAUUCCUGACUGCUCACAGAUCUGCCGCAGAACACCACGUGUGCGGGGAUGGCUGGCAGGAGAACCUGAGCCGGCUGGCCUGCAAGCAGAUGGGUUUAGGGUAA